AUGCCUCUUGAAUUUACCGCAAUAGCAACCAUCGUUUUUGCUUUCCUGAUUUUCCAUGCUUGCUGGACACUGUUCUUCAGUCCUCUCGCGAGAAUACCAGGGCCCAAACUAUUCGCACUGACUGUUUUGAGACUCGCCAAGGAGGACUUUUACGGCACACGCACGCGGAUUAUUCACCGUCUUCAUCAAGAAUACGGCCCUGCUGUGCGUGUGGGUCCCAAUGAGGUCUCCUUCAACUCACUGGCAGCCUUGCGCCUGAUCUAUGGGGCCGGUAGUCCCUUUGGACGCCCGCCAGCGUUUUAUCGUAUUUUCGAUGUGUACGGGCGGUCACACCUGUUUACAUUUUACUCCUCGGUUGAGCAUGCAGCUCGAAAAAAGCUCAUGAGCCAAAUGUAUUCCAAAUCUAACGUCCUGAAAAGCCCGGUCGCGGACUCGAUUCAAGAAAAGGCUAAGGAUUUUAUCAAGUUGGUCGAGUCUGAUCCGCAGACAGCGUCCGAUCUGGUCAAGAGCUUGCAUUUCUUCUCCCUGGACAACAUCACCUGGAACACAUUCGGGGAGCGCGGAGGCACGGCGACUCUGGCGGGGCAUGUGGCGGACAGGCAGAUCUUGAGUGAUAUUGACGAGCCCACAGCGCGCAGACACUCAUGGUUUCAGAUCCAUCUGCCACGUUAUACUCGUUUGGUCAUGUCCGGCGGCCCGUACUUGACAUCGAUCCUUGAUGUAAUCGGUCUCCUCCCAGGAAAAAGACCAGUUGCAUACAGCGGACUUCAAGACUAUGCCUUAGCUACCUUUGACACCCUUCGAGGAGAUAAAACCUCGGUACCAAGAUGUGAUGGCGGUCUGAUGAUGAGGCUGUUAGAUGAACAGGGCAGCAGUUCUGGGAAAACACCAAUUUCCGAUAUGGACAUCGCCGCAGAAUGCGCGGACCAUCUUGAUGCCGGUCUGAAGACGACAAGUGAUACAUUGAUGUUUGCUCUAUGGGCGCUAUCGCUGCCCGAGCACCGAAGCUAUCAAGAACGUCUCAGGGAAGAAGUGAAGGGCAUGGAACCCGUCCUCAAUGGCAACGGUUCUACUUUACCAGCAGAUGUAUGCGACCGCCUUCCUUUCCUUGAUGCCGUGAUCAAAGAAACAUUGCGUUUAUACGCACCUAUUCCGGCAUCCCAGCCCCGGACCAGCACUCGAGAUGCAAUCAUUGAUGGCUUCCAUAUUCCUGCCAGGACAACAGUCAGCUGCCAGGCGUUCUCCCUCCAUCGCAACCCAGAAGUAUUCCCCGAUCCAAAUACAUUCAAGCCCGAUCGAUGGCUGGCAAGCGACAUGGAGACUGCCGAAAUGAAACGCUGGUGGUGGCCUUUUUCCAGUGGAGCGAGAAUGUGUCUUGGAAUGCACUUAGCGCUCGCAGAAAUGAAGACAUUGAUGGCAGCUAUCUAUCAAGAAUACACGACAAAAAUGGACCGGGAGUUUGAGAAGUCAUCUCCAACUGCGACAAGCCGAUUUGAGUUGGUAUAUGAUGACCACUUUCCCAUACGCGAGGUUCGUUCAGCUACCGUUACUCUCAAAACGGAAUCAACAACUCACCUGUGA